AUGUUUGAAGAUGUUGAGCACUGGGUGAAGAAAUGUCAGAGGUGUGUGUUAACAAAGAAGCCUAAACCCAAAGUUCAGGCACCCCACGCUCCAUUUUUGGCUACCCGCCCACUUGAAAUUGUUGCUGUUGACUAUACCACCCUUGAGCGGGCUACAGAUGGUCGUGAAAACAUUCUUGUAAUGACUGAUGUGUUCACCAAGUUCAGUCAGGCAUUUGCCACACAAGAUCAAAAAGCAGAUACCACAGCUAAGAUUAUCCUGAAAGAGUGGUUCAUGAAAUAUGGGGUACCAGAGCGCCUGCACUCAGACCAGUACAGGAAUUUUGAAAGCGCAGUGAUUGCUGAGCUAUGCAAACUGUAUGGAGUGAAGAAAACUCAUACAACACCCCACCACCCUCAGGGUAACCCACAUUGUGAGAGGUUCAACAGGACUUUGCACAACCUCUUGCGUACGCUUCCCCCUGAGAAGAAGCAGCGCUGGCCCGAGCAUCUGUCAGAGCUGGUGUAUGCUUACAAUGUCACGCCGCACUCGACCACAGGACUCCAGGAUGCACACGCCAGAGCCAGAAAAUUUGCCGAACGGAAGGCUGCAGAGAGAGUGGUUCAGCAACAAGGAAAGGUGUUCUGUCCACCUGUUGACAUCGGACAGUUUGUGUAUCUCCGUUACCGACCACCAGGAAGGAAUAAAAUUCAAGAUGCCUGGGCAGCCCCUGUGUAUAAAGUGGUUUAUAUCCAAGGAACAACAUACACAGUAGUGCCACUAGAAGGAGGGCCGGUGGAAAGAGUCCACAGAUCUAACUUGAGGCCAUGCGUGGGGUCUAUACCUGCACCCAAGCCAAGGCUACGUGACCAGGAAGUCAGUUCUGCAGAUGAGCACCAAGUGUCUGAUACGGAGGUUGAGCAUCCAGAGUUUGCCUUGAUGGAGAAGGUCCAGUACCCCAUGGAGCUGCCAGUGGCUCAGGGACCUGGGAACUUGGUUCCGACGGUCGACGAGCCUGGAGACCAAUUGGAGAAUGGAACUGAAAAUGUGGGUGAGGAUCUACUAGGGCAGGAGAGCAGUGACAACCCUGAUGACCUCGAGGUGGAGCCAGCAGCUUAUCUUCCACCUGGACCAGGAAGCAUUGGAUUCUCCAGCGAAGAACCGGUGGCGAAACCUGUUCCAGCUCCUAGGAAAGGAAAAAGAGAGAAAGCGGAGGCAGGUCCACCCACACCUGCUACACGCAGGAGUAGGCGAGAAACUGCAGGGGUCCACACAAACCCAUUUAAUCUACCUAGGUCAGCAUGCAAUGCAGUAUCCUUCAGUCCAGAUGUACUCUCCCAGGUGUUAGCCGGUAUGGUUCUCUACACCACCAAACUCAGGGGAAUGGUGGAUGAGCAGGGGGUCACCGAGGACAUUGACUCAUAGCAGGGGAGAAUGUAGCCAAGUGAACUAAUACUACGCAUGGAAAGGGUUUUAAAAAGAGGGGAUUGUGUUUUUGACUGAUUGCCUGUCUACCAGAGGUCUGUUGUAGAGUUGUCAUGGUGAUGACUAGACCUUGCAUUUUGGGGGUAUACUGUCCCUUUAAGAGACACCAUGGCUAGCUACACAAGAGGUAAAUGUGCUAAAAAGUGUAGCAUACUGCAAAAUAUUGUCACCAGUGUUGGAGUAGGCUGUAAUUAGCUACGUUUCUUUAGCAAUGACUCCAUGUUUGUGACCAUUUCUGUAGAGCUCUUAAUGCGCGACGGGCGCAUGUUUAAUGGUCACGUGCUGUGAAAGGGACUGAAGAGCGGGUUGGCAGGGGAGAUCACUUGCUGUGUGAUUCCUGCGUGUGUACUUGUCCUAGCACAGUAGCUGUGUGGAGAAACCGAAGUGAGUUCAUGAUGUUCUCCCAUAGAAAUGUAUGUUUAAAAGAGAGUUUACAGUGCACUUUAUUGCCAGUUGACCUGCGAAGUUGUGGGAUGUAAACAAUGUGUUUAUUUGUUUUGUUUUCUCUUUUUUCGUUGUAUUUGUUUCUUGACAGGUCACUACUGUUGUCUAUACUGUUUGAAUUUAACAUGUACAUAUGAUAGUUACUGUUGUCUCAGACCCUGAAAGGCAGUUUUAGGCUGAGCCAGUGAAAUAGUUAAAUUUUGCCGUUUCACUCAAAACUACAGAAUUAAAACUGUGCUCCUCCGAGUACAGUCGGAGAAUAAAAAAGCCCACAAGAGUAUUUCCUGUGUCCUGUCUCAUUCCCCAUGACCGGGCCACAUAUACUUAACAUGUCUCACACUCAUACAGUAAGACAAAUGGUGGGGGUCUAGUAAGGAAGUUGGGGGAAGCAGACAACUCCACAAGAAGAGUCUUUUGUCUCCUCGAGGACUCUGGAAGGUAGCGAGGGCGUGUGAACCUUGAGGUGUGAAACAGCUUUUGUUCCUGGAGAAAGUAUUUAACUGAGAACCAUGCUAGGCUCAGGGAGACUCUGCUGACCGUCUGUCCCGCGGUCAUGCAGGGACUUCAUCAAGCUUGCUUGUCUGUUCUUUGUGUGUUUGGAUUAAAGAAUGUUAGCUACCGCUCACCGCUCGUCUGCAGGCUUUAUUUAAAU